AUGACUAUACAAAGAGUUCAAUUAAAUAAUGAUAAUUAUAUGAGUUCAACAAAUCAACAACAAUCAUCACAACCACAAAUAAAUAAAUCUUUAAGAUCUAAAUCACCAAGUUUUCAAAAUAUUCAAGAUUUACAAGAUUUCAAAAUUCCUAUACCAGAAAGACCUGGUUUACAUGUAAAAAUCCCAUCAUCAGCACAAUUUGCUCCUUCACCAAUACCGAGAUCUAAUAGUAAAGGAAUAUUUGAAGAUAAAGAUCAGUUUAAAGAAGAUAUUUUAAAAUUUCCAUUUGAAUCAUCGCGUGCUUAUUCUUAUGCUCAUUUAUCACCAAAUUCUUUAGCUUUAAGAUUAAAUGUACUAAAAAGAUCUUUGGAAAUUUUAAAAGAUAGACCAGAUUUAUUCAAAUCUAUAACAAAUCAAAAUGAAGAUGAAUUAGCACUAAACAGAUCUAUAUCUAUUGAUGGAGCAUUUUCAAAUCCACCUACAAUAAAGUCAAGUAUAUUUUCUCACUCAAAUCAUAGUGCAGAUUUUUCAGAUUUAACAAGUUCUCCAAAAGAUCAAAAACAAUAUAAAUUACAAUCAAAUGCAUCAUCAGCUGCUUUAGCUGCAUUAUUUAGACCAAGUCUACAAAGAUCUGAUAGUUUACCACCAGAAUCAUCAGAGGUUAGAAAAACUUCUGCACCACCAGCAUUACAAGAAAUAACUCCAAUCACCAACACCACCACUACCAACAAUUCAAAAGAUGAUUUUAAAGAUAUUAUAAAUUUAUUGGAGAAUGACUUGGAGUCUGUUUCAGAAAAUUUUGAUAUAGCAUCAACUAUAAAAGAUUUAACUUUAUUCUCAGCAGAUGAACAACAUCAAAUAAAACAUGAUAUACUAAAGAAGAAAUUGAUAUAUGCAUUAGCCAUGCCAUUUAUAGAAAAUUCAGUCUUGACAUCGUCACUACUAGGAAAUGAUGAUCAAUCACAAAGUUUGGCGAGUGCAAAAUCAAGUUUAGCAUUAAAUUCCUUAAAUAAACCAACUACGAACAAAAGACCUUUCCAUUCAAUGCUUAAUAGUAAAUAUUCAUCACCACAAUCUGUAUUCACAAUAGAAUCCGAUUUGCCAUGGUCUGUAAAAGCAGCCAAUGAUUUAGCGUGUCUUAUGUUUGGUUUAUCAAAACAGAUAAUAAAAUCUUUAACUUUAAUGGAUUUGAUAGCUCCACAAUUUAGAGAUUUUGUACUAGGAAAACUUACAAAGUAUACAUUUGAAAAUAGUAAAAAAGAUAGUAUAAUUUUUGCAGGUGAAAUAGUUGCUAUAGUACGACCAGGUGAUAAAAAUUAUAGUUGGACUUCAUUAUGGGCCAAAAAAAAGGGUAACUUAAUAAUUUGUAUGUUUGAUCAAAUUCCGUGUGAUGCAUUUGACAUUAUAGUAAAUGAGAAUGGUUACAUAAUUGAUAAAAUUAAUGAAAUUGCGGGGAAUUUUAUACAUGAUUAUAAUAUUAAUACAAACAACCUAAAAGAAUUAAGUGAAACAUUAAGUGGUGACUUGGUGAAAGAUGAUGUUGAGUUUAUAAAUCAUACAAGAUAUUAUACAUUACAAGUUGAUAAUGGAAAUGAAAAUUUACCAUGUGCUAUUACUUCAGUGCCACUUGAUGGACAAAUUAAACUUAAAAUCCAUACAAUGCCGUAUAUUGCUGGUAUCUUUGUUAUAAAUGCAAGCAAUUUUAAAAUCUUGUCUUGUAACAAUGCCAUAGCUAGAAAUUUAUUUGGUAAGUCACUAGAAGAUUUGAAACAUCAUUCAAUUGAUGAAUUGAUACCGAACUUCACUAAAAUUUUAAAUGUUGGGUUGGAAGAAAAUAUUGAUACAUUACAAGUUGAAAACGGGUUGGUAUUACCGGAACAUUUUUUCAGAAAAUAUGAUGCUGUUUUAAAAUAUCAAAAUCAAACUAGGUUGGUAAAUACUGAAGAAGAUAUUUUUCUCAAUUCUUUAGGUAUUGAAGGUAUACAUAGAGAUGGUAAAACGUUAUUUGUUGACGUACAAGCUCGUGUAUCUGCCGAUGAUGCAUUAAUAGUCUGGGUGACAUAUUCAAGAAGUCAACAAGAUAAAGCUAUAGCCAAUGAAUUAGAAAAACUUCAAUCAACAAAUUCUUCAGCUAUAUCAUUAGCAUCAACAAUGUCACAACCACCAAUAAAACAAUCAAGAGUAAACAACCUUAAAAAGAGAGUUAAAACAAGAACAAAUUCAGCAAAUAAUUUACCAUCACAGCUAAAAUUAUUUGACGAUGAAAAAGAAAAAGACCUUAUGGAAUUUUCACCAAGAGAAAUUACAAGAUCACUGAGUACAAGAAGAGUUAAAACAAAGUCAUUUGCAAUUCCAGUAUCACAUUUAGAACCUUUUAUGUUUAACAAAACCAAUAAAUUUGAUUUAAAAAAUGAUGUUGAAUCAAUAGAACUGAAGGAUAUUACUCAAGAAGAUAUUGAAGAACAUGAACAAAAUUUCAAGAUACUACUUUCAGAAUACUCAGAAGAAGAAAUACUAAAACUAGAAAAUGACUCUCUUGAAUCUAUAAAAUCAGAAUCCAAGAAAUGGCCAACAGAAGUUGGAUUGUAUAGACGAUCCAAAAAAUUUUCAGAAUUUAAAAUUAUAAAACAAAUGGGAGAAGGUGCAUAUGGUAAGGUAGUAUUAGCUCAACAUAAAGAAGAUCCAUUAUAUAAAAUUAUAAUAAAAUGUAUAGACAAGGAAAGAAUUUUAGUUGAUACAUGGGUAAGAGAUAGAAAAUUAGGUACUAUCCCUAGUGAAAUUCAAAUAAUGGCAUUUUUAAAUUCCGAACCACACCCAAAUAUAAUGAGAAUAGUUGAUUUCUUUGAAGAUCAAAAAUAUUAUUACCUUGAAACUCCCAUUUUUGGAAAUCCACCAGCUAUAGAUUUAUUUGACUUUAUUGAAAUUAAAAAAGAUUUAACCGAAUUUGAAUGUAAAUUCAUUUUUAAACAAAUUGUUUCUGCUGUAUAUCAUUUACAUAAAGAAGGUAUUGUUCAUCGAGAUAUUAAAGAUGAAAAUGUCAUAGUUGAUGAAAAGGGACUAAUAAAACUAAUUGAUUUUGGUUCUGCGGGGUAUGUGAAACAAGGACCAUUUGAUGUGUUUGUUGGUACAGUAGAUUAUGCAUCACCAGAAGUUUUAAGAGGUGAAAAAUAUGAAGGCAAACCACAAGACAUAUGGGCGUUAGGGAUAUUAUUAUAUACAAUGUUAUACAAGGAAAACCCAUAUUAUAGUGUUGAUGAAAUAAUGGAAGGUGAAUUAAGAAUACCAUAUGUUAUCAGUGAAUCAAGCGUUUCAUUAAUAAAAAAAAUUUUAAUUAGAGAUGUUAGUAAAAGACCCACUAUUACAGAUAUAGUAGAAGAUAAAUGGCUACAAUUUUAA